UUGCAUAAGUACCAGAGACAAUAGUCCAGGUCCUACGAAUACAUCAAUCAGAGAAUCUUCUUUCCAAUUGAAAUAACGACUUUGGAUUCAGAAUUCAUCUUCCAUGUCUUCUGAUCUUUAUGCCUUUGAAGCUCCUUUCCACAUUCCUUCAAACCCAGAAUUCCUCUCCAAUGGAAGCCAGGACCUUCCCUUUCUUUCCUCUGCACCUUGCCAUUUGCCACUUCACCAAGAAGAAGAAGAAUGCCCUUCUUUCUUUUCCUUCUCACCUCCAAGCACGUUCCUUCGAAAUCUUAGCCUUCACCAUUCCAAAACCAUCCUACCUGAUCUAACAAACCCAGAAACAGAGUUCAGAAAUUCCUCUGUUCUUCGCGGCAAUAACGUAAAAUGCAACAUUUUUCCCAGUUCGGAUUAUAGUCAUAAUCAGAACUUAGUUUGCAAGAGUUACAGGAACGGAGAUUCUGAAAAUGUGGCCGAAUUCAUCAUGCAAAGGAGCUUAAGCAGUAAAUCCUUUGACGGGAAACCCAGUUUUCUCUUCCCAAAUCAUCUCUAUGAAACUUCAUUUAUCCAAAGCCAUGCCUUGAGCCCACCAGAUCACACUUUCUUCGCUCCUCAAAUGAGAAAAGUCUGCAGUACAGGAGAUUUGCAGAAUAUCCAAGAAACUCAGACCUCACACACUGAAGAAACAAGCUUCAAAGUUGGACGUUACAGUGCACAAGAAAAGAAGGAGAAAAUCUCUAAAUAUAGAGCCAAGAGAAGCCAGAGGAACUUCAACAAAACCAUCAAAUAUACAUGCAGAAAGACACUGGCUGAUAAUAGACCUCGCAUACGUGGAAGAUUCGCAAGAAACGACGAGACCAUUGAGAUUGCAAAUCCUAAGGCAACAUUUUCAACCAGAGAUGAAGAUGAAGAUGUUUUCUGGAUUGAAGGGUUGAAUGAAGAGGUAGAGGAUGAAACAGUGAGAGCACAACAGUAUGUGAAUAGCUUUGGAGUUUACUCAGGGUUUCAGUGCUACGGACUUUGAGAGCAGAAAAAGCCCUUUUCUAGAAUCACUUGUGCACGAGACGGAA